AUGCUCAGUUCCGUGUGUGUCUCCUCAUUCAAAGGGCGCAAGGGUGGGAACAAGUCGUCCAACAAAGCAUGUUACAGCGCCGACAUGCCUUGCCCGUCGGACAGCGAGAGAAUCGUGAUAAACUGCGGCGGCGUGCGCCACGAGACGUACCGCAGCACGCUCAAAACGCUGCCCGGCACGCGCCUCUCGUGGCUCACUGAGCCGGACGCGUUCAGCAACUUCGACUACGACCCCAAGGCCGAUGAGUUCUUCUUCGACCGGCACCCGUCCGUCUUCUCCUUCAUCCUCAACUACUACCGCACGGGUAAGCUGCACUGCCCCAACGACGUGUGCGGGCCGCUGUUCGAGGAAGAGCUCGCCUUCUGGGGCAUAGACGAGACGGACGUGGAGGCGUGCUGCUGGAUGAACUACCGGCAGCACCGCGACGCCGAGGAAGCGCUUGACAGCUUUGAGAGCCCCGAGCCGGACGCGCCGGACGACGACGCGGCUCUGGCCGGCGGCGCGGACGGAGACCUCAAGCGCCUCUGCCUGCAGGAGGACGGGAGGAAAGUGGGCUGGUGGCGCGUCUGGCAGCCCCGAAUCUGGGCACUUUUCGAUGACCCCUACUCGUCUAAAUACGCACGGUAUGUGGCUUUCGGUUCCCUCCUCUUCAUCCUCAUUUCCAUCUCAACAUUCUGCAUGGAGACCCACGAGGCCUUCAACACCAUCUACAACAAGACAGAGAAUGUGACUGUGGGCAACGUGACGCGGGAGGAGAUUGUGUACGAGGUGGUGACGGACAGCUGGCUGACCUACGUGGAGGGCAUGUGCGUGGUGUGGUUCACCAUCGAGGUGUUCACCCGUGUCGUCUUCUGCCCCGACAAGGCUGAGUUCUUCAAGAGUGUGCUGAACAUCAUCGACUUUGUGGCCAUCCUUCCCUUCUACCUGGAGGUGGGCCUGAGUGGUCUGUCUUCCAAGGCAGCCAAGGAUGUGCUUGGCUUCCUGCGGGUGGUCCGAUUCGUCCGGAUCCUACGUAUUUUCAAGCUCACCCGACACUUCGUGGGCCUGCGAGUGCUGGGCCACACCCUCCGUGCCAGCACCAACGAGUUCCUGCUGCUCAUCAUCUUCCUCGCCCUGGGGGUACUCAUCUUCGCCACCAUGAUCUACUACGCAGAGCGCAUAGGGGCCAACCCGGACGACCCCACAGCCAGUGCCCACACCGCCUUCAAGAACAUCCCCAUUGGCUUCUGGUGGGCCGUGGUCACCAUGACGACCCUGGGCUAUGGUGACAUGUACCCUGAGACGUGGUCUGGGAUGCUGGUGGGUGCUCUGUGUGCCCUGGCUGGUGUGCUGACCAUUGCCAUGCCUGUCCCUGUCAUCGUCAACAACUUUGGCAUGUACUACUCCCUGGCCAUGGCCAAGCAGAAGCUGCCCAAGAAGAAGAAUAAACACAUUCCACGAGCCCCGCAGCCCGGCUCGCCCAACUACUGCAAGCCUGAUGCCCUGGCCAUGGCCACUGCCUCACCCCAGAGGAUCCUGGGUAAUGUGCUAGGCGGGGUAAUGGGCUCAGGAGGGCUGACAGGAGACUGCCCUCUCGCUCAGGAGGAGAUCAUAGAGAUAAACAGAGGAGGAGUCUGGGACUCCAAGCAGAAUGGUGAUGCGGCCAGUGCAGCUCUGGCCAAUGAGGACUGUCCUACAAUAGACCAGGUUCUGAGUCCUGAGGAGCGGAGUCCAGCAGGACGGACGCGGGAGCGCUACCAGCAGGACCGCGCCUGUUUCCUGCUCAACACGCGUGAUUUCCGGCCCACUGACGGAAAUGUCCGGAAAGGUUGUGUCAUAUCACGCGUUUCCACGGGCUACGAGAAAUCUCGCAGCCUGAACAACAUAUCGGGAAUGGCGGGGUCGUCGCUGCGUCUAACCCCCAUCACCAGCACGCCUUAUGACCCCUACGAGGCCCCCGGACCCCUGCGCCGCUGCCGCUCACCCAUCCCCUCCAUUUUGUAGCCAGGAGUGCGUAAAAAAAAAGAACACACAACCGCUAGAACUCAGGACAGGAGAACAGGAGGAGAGGAAGACAGGAUGGAGGCCAUGUGUGCAGUGUGUGUGUGUGUGUGUGUGUGCGAACCGAAGCUCAGUCUCACACUCAAACCCAUAGCAAUAACCACCCAGUGUUCCUGAAUGUAGAAAGAAGCUCCGCCUCCUCACCCUCUCCGCUCACAGCUUCAGGUGCAUGCCUAUAGUAGUUGUCCUGGAGAAGAUAAGUACU